GAUUCUGAGAUGUGUUGCUACACAACUAUUAUUGGCAACUCUAAGAGCGGCCAUAGCCGAUGAGUAGUCGGGACGGUAAUUACAUCCAGACUGGCAAUAGGAUCGAUCACGUUUGAUCUUGCUUCAGACCCUGAGUAGCGCAUGAGCAUCUUCCUUCUGUAGUGGCUUGCCGCUUCGAUGUCCGCUUGGGGAAGCUACACUGGACUUUUUGUUUAGCUUUGAGGCUAUUCGGCGCAUCGCGCGGUCGGUGAUCGGUAGACCGCUUUCUGUCUAUUGGUUCGGCUCGGCCUCCAAGCGAGUAUUCGAGACGUCUCUUAUACACUGUCGCGCUCAGCGUUACUUUUGCUUGUCUGUCAAUCGAUCACAUAGGAAGGGUCUACUCAUGCUCAUCAGAAUGGACGCUAAGUCAUCCUGAGGGCGAUGAAUAUUUUACCAAUUUUAUAACCAUGAUACUACGCAACGUGUGACGCUUUUUAGAGAUGCUGUUGGAUCUGGGACAUCACAUUCAUUAGGAAACGAACUGACUACAUGGGUCUGUUUCGGACUGGCGCGGAAUUUGGAACGAAGUCUCCGGCGGUGCAGCUUCUCCAAUCCUUUAUUGGAAGGAUGGUAAGGGUCUGUUUCGGACUGGUGCGGUUUGGAACGAAGCUUCUGGCGGUGCAGAUUCUCCAAUCCUUUAUUGGAAGGAUACCGACUCAGGAUGCCUUGGGUUCCCAGGCGCUGCUUUUCGAGCCGCUUAGAUACACGCCUGAUACCUCACUGGUCCUCAGAUACAUAAGUAGUUCGGAGACCGACCUCCGUUCCACCACUCCCCAGUUUCUCUAUAUUCAAGUCUCUACUAUGAGCAUCGUAAUUCCUUCAGGUCAUUUGGCUCGCACUGUCAUCACUGUCCGCUGCAACUCUCCUCAAUCCGCUCCACACAUCGAAUGUGCUCUCGAUGAGCAAACACCCUUUGGCAGCACUCAAGAGCUUCUCGGAUCGCCCCGCAUGUUUACAACAGACGGACGGACGACUGCUUCCAGCAGUACAGCUUCUAUGUCCCCUUCUGGACCUGUCAACAUCCCUCAGGCAGAUCUGAGUGUCGAACGUGGUAUUGACCAUCGUGGUCACUAUGUCCGACUCUCUUUCCUCCCUGGUCAUCGAAGUUCGCAUAACUUCAGUCAGCGACCGUUCGAAGCGGCCGACGCUCCCUAUUUUCCUCUAGGCAAUCAUCCGUCAGUUCCGAGUUCGAGCAUUGGAUCGCGAGAAGCUUCAGUGUUUCGGCCGCCCGCUUUCAAUCCGCCGCAUACAACGGGCGGAAGCCCUCUCGCGUACUCUUCUGUGCCGAUCAUGAACGGAGCGCAUGCCGAGGCUGUUACCGGAGGCUUAGACAAUAUGAAUUUCAUGUCUUCUGCGGAUGCGGACUUGAUUACGGCUCUUGAUUCGUUCAUGGGUAUAUUCAACCCCCCGAACACGGAUUAUCCGAUGCUUGAUGUGGGAGGCCAAGGCAACAUUGCAUCUUCCCAACAAUCCAGUCAGAUCUCGGAACCGGCUUCUCCAGACAUGUCGUCUUCAUCUUCGUUGUCAUCGUGUUCAAAUUCACCUACGACGCCUUACAACUUCUUUUUACCCGCUACAAUGCCGACUACUGAUGGCGGGCGGAGAAACGACACUGAAGUCAUCGAUAAUGGAACAAUUAUCCAAACCGUUUCCGAACAAUCGUUCCAGUCGUCUCCCGUACUUCCGCAGCUCUCUACUGAGCCAAAUCCGAAGACCGGCUCGACCUCUAAAUCUGCUGAGUCAAGACUGCUGCCCUGUCCACAGCCAGGAUGUAAGCGACAGUUCAAGAGCACCAGCACUUUGGGAGGUCACAUGAAGACUCACGCAGGAAAGGGUGUUCGCUUCCCCUGCUCCUUCCCUCCCUGUACGGAAAAGUUUUCGCGCCGACACGAUCAAUUACGACACGAGGUGUACAAACACGGAAAACGCUGCGAAUGGGUGUGUUCGAAAUGUAACAGUUUCUUUUCAUACGAGCGCUCGUUAGAGAAACACACAUGCACGAUGGACAAGAGUCGGAGGGGAAGUAUCCCCUAUCCUGUGAAUGGGGCGUCUGGCAUCGGGGGCGCAUCGGCAGCAGGGCGGUGAUUAGGAUCGCACAUUGCGUAUGGAAAUCAUUAUUGGGUUAUUGAAGAUUCGG